AUGGCGCCGCCGAAGCAGGCGACCUUGGGGUAUGUGAAGGGUCAGAGCACUUUGGGGAAAUUCUUUGGUGUGAAGAACCCGGCACCACAACAGCAGACGAAGCUUACAUUUGCGACGAAAGCCCGUGCUGUGGAGGGGGGCGACGAGGAUGCGAGUGCGAAGGAAAAUACAGAUCCCGAUCAUGGUGAGUUUCUAUUUGACCGCGACGCUAAUAAUACCGCUAUGAAAGAGGGGAUCGCUGACGUGAGCUGGUUAGAUUCUAAGAAGCGAGCCCGUGUGCCAAGUCAAAAUAGUACCGUAAAACUCGAGGAUGACGAGGACGAUGGACCUGUGGUCAAGCGAGUGAGAAGAAGUAGAGUUAAGGUCGAGGAAGACGAGGAUGAUGAGCCUGCCCAGUCGAUGCCCAAGAAAGAAGAUAAUGUCAAGGAUGUGACAAUCAAACAAUCUGUUGAAGAGGUUCCCAAAAAGGAAGGAGACGCCAAAGAUGUAAAAAUCAAGAAAAAGAGCCAGAGUCCGGAUCCCGACCGCAAGCCCCUUAAGACCGCAGAUGAUGGGUUCAAAGAAGAGGCGGCUUCAGAGUCUGGCUCAGAGGCUGAAGAAGAUGCAGACGUCGAUGAGAAGCCAGAAGUUGCUGCAAAGGCAAGGGAAAAGGUGCAAACACAGCUCCAGUCCAAGACUGCUCAGCACCCUUAUCCUGAUUGGCAACCAGGUAGCCCUGUUCCAUAUGCAGCACUAUGCCAAACAUUCUCAUUAAUUGAGAUGACGACGAAGCGAUUGAUCAUUAUGGGGCAUUGCUCGCUGUUUCUCCGGCAAGUUAUGCGACUCACCCCGGACGAUUUGCUCCCUACGGUUCUUCUCAUGAUUAACAAACUUGCACCUGACUAUGCUGGAAUUGAGCUCGGUAUUGGUGAGUCUCUCAUCAUGAAGGCUAUUGGUGAGACUACUGGGCGAAGCUUGCAAAUCAUCAAGGCGGAUCAAAAAGAGAUUGGUGAUUUAGGUCUCGUGGCAGUCAAGAGUAGAUCUACGCAGCCAACCAUGUUCAAACCCAAGCCGCUUACGGUGAGAGGCGUGCACCAGGGUCUGAUGAACAUUGCUACUGUUACUGGUAACGGUGCUCAGGGCCGAAAAGUCGACGGCAUCAAGAAGCUCUUGUCUGCUGCCGAUGCCUACUCUACUGUCAAGGCAGACAUUACCAAGGAUAAGGGCGGUCCAAGUGAAGCCAAGUUUAUCAUCAGGUUCCUCGAAGGCAAGCUGAGAUUGGGUCUUGCCGAAAGAACCGUGCUGGUUUCUCUUGCCCAGGCCAUCGUCUGCCAUGAGGCUGAGCAAAAGGGCAAGGUUCCCAGCACCACCGACAUGGAGAAUGGAGAAUCUAUUCUCAAGACGGUGUACAGUGAGCUGCCUAGCUACGAUGCCAUCAUUCCAGCAGUUCUUUCGCAUGGGAUCAUGAACCUGAGAGAAUGCUGUAAGCUGCGUCCUGGCGUGCCCCUGAAGCCCAUGUUGGCGAAACCCACAAAAGCCAUUACCGAAGUACUCGAUCGAUUCGAGGGUCAAAAGUUCACUUGCGAGUACAAGUACGACGGCGAGCGAGCUCAAAUUCACUACGUCGCCAGGGAUUCAGAUCAGGAGUUGAGCCAGGAAACCUCUGGAGCCGCCAAACAAGCAGCCGAUGGAGUCGCUAGCAUUUUCUCCAGAAACUCGGAAGAUUUGUCCAAGAAAUAUCCCGAUAUCCUCGCCAAGCUGCACACUUGGGUCAAGAAUGACACCAAGAGUUUUGUGUUGGACUGUGAGACGGUAGCCUGGGAUGUCUCUGAGAAGAAGGUGCUCCCGUUCCAGCAGCUCAUGACACGAAAGAAAAAGGACGUCAAGCUGGAAGACGUCAAGGUCAAAGUAUGCGUGUUUGCCUUUGACUUGCUGUAUUUGAACGGUCUCCCCGUCGUGGAGAAGUCGCUGCGUGAAAGACGAGAGCUGCUCCAGCAGUCCUUUGCGCCAGUCGAGGGUGAAUUUGCGUUUGCGACCUAUAUGGAUGGCCAGGAACUAGAUGAGAUCCAACUCUUUCUGGAUGAGAGCGUCAAAGCCUCAUGCGAAGGCCUGAUGGUCAAGAUGCUGGACGGAACUGAAAGUGGAUAUGAGCCCAGCAAACGCAGUCGGAACUGGCUCAAGGUAAAGAAGGACUAUCUCGCCGGCGUAGGCGAUUCGCUAGACCUCGUCGUUCUCGGCGCAUACUACGGCCGGGGAAAACGAACCUCCGUCUACGGCGCGUUCCUGCUCGCGUGCUAUAACCCGGCCAACGACACCUACGAAACCGUCUGCAACAUCGGCACCGGCUUCUCGGAGCAAGUCCUCGAAGAACUUCACGCCCAGUUGUCCGAAAUCGUCAUCGACCGCCCCAAGCCAUUCUACUCGCACUCCGCGGGCGGGCAGCACCAGCCGGACGUGUGGUUCGAACCCCGCUACGUCUGGGAGGUGAAGACGGCCGACUUGACGCUCAGUCCGCGGUACAAGGCUGGCUGCAAGGAGGGCGUCGACCCGGCGGGCGACAAGGGCAUCAGUCUGCGGUUCCCGCGGUUCAUUAAGAUCCGCGACGAUAAGAAGCCGGAUGAGGCGACGAGCAGCAGGCAGAUUGCCGAAAUGUAUAGGAAGCAGGAGAGCGUGACGAAGAAUAAGGGGCCCUCCGUGGACGAUGAUUUCGAGUACUGA